AUGCAUCCGCCAUCAUCACUCGUCCUACUUUUCUUUCUACUAGUGCACAUCGGUGCCGGCCAGCCGCAGGAUGACAGCCAGCCAUUCCAGCCACCACCACCCGCAGACACCUCAGAGAAUCACCUGUCAUGGCAAUCUGCCUUUUGGGCCCUCCUCGCCCUUGUCCUCAAUACCGCGACCCAACCGUGCGGGAAGAUCUGCGGGUUCCCCUCGGAAUGGGGCUUUUGCCUCAGGUGGUCGCCCGUUGUCUGCGUCAUAAACUCACUUGAAGCCCUCAGCUGCCUCCGCCUCCACCGUCACGACUCUAAAUGGACUCUGGUUGUCGUACCGCACAAAUACGACACAGAAAUAGAUAUCUCCCAUAGUGACGUGGCCAACUUGCAGCGCAACACUUUGAUCCGUAUUGUCGCCUUCAUCUUGGGCCCUCUAUUACAAGCAACCAAAUUGUACGCUUGCCGGGGCACCUUCUGGGUUCAAUUUCUAGCAUCCAUCUAUCUCGCCAGUUUCCUCUGCGAUGAGUUGUUGCUCGGCCUUGUAUGGAUAGCCGGACCCGCGGAGAGCCGGAACAGGGUCAUCGGGCUGGUCGAAGCCGUUGCGGGGAGUCGAAUCCGUCCUCCGGUCCACUUCCCGCUCCUUAGGCUUGGGAGCGGUGCGGCUAUGGACGAGAACGACCAACUUCGAGACAGCCGCACAAAUUUGAGACAAGCUCUGGCCAUUAUCGCCUCCCACUUGCUGCUAGGAUGGUUUUUGGUCGAAACCAUUACCGGAGCAUACAUGACGCACUUUUAUGCCGUUAUAUUUAGCAUGCUCGGAACGACUUUUCUUGGCAGCAUCGUGUCAGGUAUCUUUUGCGGCUUGCGUUCCUACAGAAAGCAUCUUUCGAUGCCGCAAGUCUUGUUAGACGUCCUGUAUGGCGUUGGAAACGUCAUAUGGCCAACUGGACUUGUGCUUGCCAUAGGAGAAAAGUGCCAGGAGCUGGCAGUGAUACAGGGCAACGGUAUCAUAGACUUCAACGCCCAAGGCUCUGCCAGUCAAUGGGCCUGGAAAAUCGGAAUGGUCCUGUGGACUCUGGAGAUAUCCCGAUGGGCCCGGUUGCACCUCACAACUAGCAAUCGAUACGGGAUCCCAAAGCCCGUGGACGUCAUUCUUCCACUCUGGGCGAGUGCGCAUGUUGUGGUUGCACUGGCCAUGUUUAACUUUGCGUAUGAUCCGAGUCGUACCUACAAACCGGCUUGGACCGAUGUGCUGGGAUGA